CUUUUCCAUCACCGUCUCCGAUGCUCUACUUAUAGAGUGGAUUACUGUUCGAUAGUUAGGGAUAGUUAGGUUGUUUCUCUCUGCUACAGCAACUUGUGAUCAACAUCAUGGCAACCGAGACCAUCGGACACGCCCCGGUCCCACCCGUGCCAGAAGGGCCCGUGGAUGUCAUCCCAGAGAAAUCGUUCUAUCUCAAACUCAUCGCAUCCGGCUUCUCCUUCUUCGUCGCUGGGGUCAACGAUGGUAGUCUCGGGUCGUUGCUCCCCUACGUGCUACAGUCCUACCAUGUCAGCACUGGAUUGGUGGUCGUCGUAUACGUGUCCACUCUCAUCGGCUGGCUCAUCGCCGCUCUCACCAAUAGCUCCCUCUGCCAGUACUUGGGUUUAGGGGCCAUGCUGGCCCUGGGGGCGGCCCUCCAGGUACUCGCUCAUGCACUGCGCGCCUGGCUCCCCCCAUUUGCGCUGUAUGCGAUCACUUUCUUCCUGGCGAGUCUGGGACAGGCCUUUAACGACACCCAUGCCAAUACCUAUGUGUCCUCGGUGAAAGCCGCCCAUCGAUGGCUCGGAUUUAUCCAUGCCAUGUAUAUGGCGGGAUGUCUGGUCGGACCGUUGGUUGCGACGGCGGUGGCCUCGGCUAAUCGGCAAUCGCAGUGGAACCUGUUCUAUCUCUUCCCGCUGGGGUUGGGGGUGAUGAAUCUGGCGCUAGUGCUGGUCGCCUUUCGCGAUCGGAUGUUUAUCGAGGCAUCAGGCCCAGCAACUCAGCGGAGUGAUAGUACCGAUUCGAGACGUCACCGUGCUGUUAGGGAGAUCAAGGAUACACUCCGAGUCCCGGCUGUCUGGCUGACGAGCUUGUAUUUCUUCUUCUUCCUCGGGGCAGCCAUCACUGCAGGGGGCUGGAUUGUCGAGUAUCUGGUGCACGUCCGACAUGGGGACGUCCAACAGAUGGGCUAUAUCCCGACCGGCUUCUACGGCGGAGCUUUUCUCGGUCGGUUAAUCCUAGCGGAACCCACUUAUCGACUCGGAGAGCGUCGCAUGGUGUUUAUCUAUGCAGCCUUGUGCGUGGGGUUGGAAUUGGUCUUUUGGCUGGUCCCCAAUAUUGCCGUCGAGGCUGUAGCGAUCUCCCUGUUAGGAUUCUUCUCCGGUCCAUUUUUCGCGACUGGAAUUUCAGUCGCCUCCAAGAUCUUCCCAGCCAAUAUACGCUCCUCGGGAAUCGCCUUCGUCUUCGUCCUGGGUCAAAUCGGCGGAUCCCUCUUCCCCGUGCUGACCGGGAUCAUCUCCUCUCAUACGGGCGUCAAGGCCUUGCAGCCCAUGUUGCUGGCUCUGCUCGCUGCCACGGGCAUCAGUUGGCUGUUGGUGCCGCAAGCUCCCCAUGUACGGGCCGACUGAGACAGCCGAAGAUGUUCAGUUCAUCACUGGGAGAUCUGACAUGCUGCCUUGGUGCCUUAUGACGCAGCCAUAUAAGGAGACGUCGCUUCAUUGCGCACCCCUGGUCUCGCUCCUCAACUAAAUAAAUCAGUAUAUAUGCUAUCUCACAGGCAAUGUACAUGACAGAUUGCAUCGAGCCAUGUCUCCACGUGGAAGAUCUCGUUAUUGAAAAUGGAUGAAUUGAAGGUUUCUUGAUAUUGCCCUGCAAUCCAUAAAAGACAUAGAUCAUCAUAAUCAUCGGACCG